UGUGUGAAGACAUGGGUUGUUUCGGGCAUGACGUAUGCAGAGGUGGUGUUAGCAUUUUUGUAACCUGCUGGUGGUUGUUCCAAGAACAGCUAAUUCAGGAUGGAAGUAUUAGAUGCAAACAGUGCCAUUCUUUGCAAUUAUGAAGUGUAUGAGCUUUUGCAAGAUAUAAAGAAGGGGUCCUCAAACAAGAAAAAGAAAAAUCAACUGAAAAAUCUAGCAACCAUUACAUAUCAGACAAUGAAGUUCUUGGAUGGCACUCCAUGCAAAAAUCAGUCUGAAAGCUGCAUUAAGGAGUUCAUGCAAGCCAUAGCCAAAUUCAAGCUCACCAAAUCAGAGAAACUUCAGCUUUUGAACACCAGACCAACCUCUGCUGUUGAAAUACAGCUGAUUAUCGACGAGUCGGAGGAGCGCCUGAAGGACGAGGAGGUGGAGCAGAUCCUGGAGGUGGUCCGUACCACGUUGCCCGGCCCGUCCGAGCCGGACGAGACGUGACCGGCCGCUGCGGCGGCGGCGACGACAGCGGUGGCGCCGAUGGUGGCGGGGGCACCCCUAGCGCGCCGACUAUCAGGGCGCGUGCUGUAGACAGCGUGUGCUGCGAAAUUUUGUACUUGUCAUGCGACGGAAGUCGGUGUAAACCGGAGACCGAAGGGAAGCAGACACUCUUUUUCGGGUCCUGCGAUUGUGUUGUGUGCUUUGUUUACGUUUCUUAAAUGUCUUUUGGAUUAUAUAAUCCAAUUGGCACGGCUGUAUUGUAUGUGGUACACACACAUACAUACAGUUAAGUGUGCGGGAGUAAUAUCUCAUGCCAUUGUAGAUGCCAACCCACCAAGCUCCGAUGCGACUGUUUUGUUUGUAAUACUGAUCAAGACUAAACCAUGGGUUGGACAGAAGAUUGCAGAAUCUUUGUGCCAGUAAAUUGUUAGCUGAACGGAUGGUUGAGUGCAAUAUUGGUGGGGUGAGAUUUGCUUUUCAAAGACAGGUUACACUGUACGUGUAUUCUCAACAUUGUAUGUAUUAUAUCCGCACAACUUCAA